AUGCGCACUUCCUUCUUCGCCGUCGCAUCGCUCGCCGUGCUCAGCGCGCUUAGCUGGAAUGCGCCCACGGCCCAAGCCAAGUCGCUCAGCAACCGACACCAGGACCACGACAUGCUUGCUGUUCGCAACCUCCACGUCGAAGCUCGCUCCAACGUAGAACCUCGCGCCAAAGAGUGCCGAGCGGUCAAGAAGAAGAAGAAGAGCAAGAAGCACCGCAAGACAACCACCACCAAAAAGGCAUCGGCGACCUUCCAACAGGCUGCCAAGGCGACCACUUCGUCCAAGAAGACCACCACCUCGACACGGAAGACGACGACCACCUCCAAGUCGUCUACUCGCUCGUCCUCGUCCAGCUCUUCGUCCUCCUCGUCCAUCUCGCGCGCGACCUCCUCCAGCUCGUCUGCAUCCUCCUCGUCCUCUACCGCCUCCGCAACCAACCCUGCCGCGUUUGCCGGCGCGGCACCGCCCAACAGCCCCUGGGGCAACUGCUUCCAGCUCACUGCCACCGCCUUCCAGCCCAACUGGAAGGGUGAGGCGACCACCACCUGGUGCGGUGUCGAGUUCGACAAGUCCUCGCCCAUCAUCGCUCUGCCGCUGCAGCAGCUCUCCAAGGCGUACGGCUCCGACAAGCUCGUCACCUACUACUCGAACGAGACGCUCUGGCGCCAGAUGGUCAAGGACUGGUGCGGACGAGAGCUGUGGAUCAACGGGCCCGGUGGAUUGUUCAAGGCCUACUUCGGCGAUGCUAAUCUUUGGACCUCGGUGGAUGUUAACAUGAACCUGUACACCAAGCUCAAGGGCGUUCCUGUGGGCAGCUACGCCGACCCUGACGCGGCCAAGUGGAUCAACAAUCCCGAACCCCAGGGCUGCUUCACCGGCAACCAGGUCAGCAUCAAGAAUGGCUACCCACUCAACUACAACUGA